AGGAGAGAUGGAAGGCACUAACUAACCAAACAGAAAUCACUGACACUUAUAGAUUCCAUUUUCCAUGGAUUCCAUUUCUACAGCUUAUCGUCUCUACCUCCAAGCACUCUUAUUUCAUCUUCUCUUUACUUCUCCUUCAAUUUUAUCUUCAUCAAACCAGUUUUGUGAAGUUGGAAGUGGAUAUGGUGAAACUGGAUGUGGAAUUCAAUCAUCAUCAUCAUCAUCAUCAAAGAUACUCAUAAAGGGAGGAACUGUUGUAAAUGCUCACAGUCAAGAGGUUGCUGAUGUUUAUGUGGAGGAUGGGGUCAUUGUUGCUGUGAAGCCUAAUCUGAAGGUCAGUGAUGAUGUUAUUGUGCUUGAUGCCACUGGGAAGUUUGUCAUGCCGGGAGGAAUUGAUCCCCAUACCCAUCUAGCUAUGGAUUUUAUGGGUACUCAGACCAUUGAUGACUUCUUUAGUGGUCAGGCUGCAGCUUUAGCAGGUGGAACAACAAUGCACAUUGACUUUGUUAUACCAGUAAAUGGCAGUUUAAUGGCUGGUUAUGAAGCCUAUGAGAAAAAGGCAAAGAAGUCUUGCAUGGAUUAUGGUUUCCAUAUGGCAAUCACCAAAUGGGAUGAAGUUAUUUCUCGGGAAAUGGAAAUUAUGGUGAAGGAAAAAGGUAUCAACUCUUUCAAGUUUUUUCUGGCAUACAAGGGAUCUCUUAUGAUCAAUGAUGAGCUCCUAUUAGAAGGAUUUAAGCGGUGCAAGUCUCUUGGUGCCCUAGCUAUGGUCCAUGCAGAAAAUGGAGAUGCAGUAUUUGAAGGGCAGAAAAGAAUGAUAGAACUAGGUAUUACUGGUCCAGAGGGGCAUGCUCUUUCAAGGCCUCCAGUGCUGGAAGGUGAGGCAACUGCUCGUGCAAUUCGUUUAGCGAGUUUUGUAAACACACCUCUCUAUGUAGUGCAUGUGAUGAGCAUUGAUGCAAUGGAAGAAAUAGCUAGAGCUCGAAAGUCAGGACAGAGGGUUAUUGGAGAGCCAGUGGUUUCUGGUUUAGUUCUUGAUGAUUCUAAGCUUUGGGAUCCUGACUUCACCACUGCAUCAAAGUAUGUCAUGAGCCCCCCUAUUAGGUCUUCAGGACAUGACAAGGCCCUGCAAGCUGCCCUUUCAACUGGAAUUCUGCAGCUUGUAGGAACUGAUCACUGUGUGUUUAAUUCUACACAAAAAGCCUUUGGCAUUGAUGAUUUCCGUAAAAUCCCAAAUGGUGUCAAUGGAAUUGAGGAAAGGAUGCAUCUAGUUUGGGAUACGAUGGUGGAAUCUGGUCAAAUUUCGGUCACUGAUUUUGUCCGGGUGACAAGUACUGAAUGUGCUAGGAUCUUUAACAUCUAUCCAAGAAAAGGAGCAAUUCUUGCUGGAUCAGAUGCGGAUAUUAUUAUACUUAACCCGAACUCAAGCUUUGAAAUUAGUGCAAGGUCUCACCACUCUCUAACAGAUACAAAUGUAUAUGAGGGUAGGAGAGGAAAGGGAAAGGUAGAGGUGACAAUUGCUGGAGGAAAAAUUGUUUGGGAAAAUGAUGAACUGAAGGCUGUCCCUGGUUCUGGCAAGUACGUGGAAAUGACCCCUUUCAGUUAUCUUUUCCAUGGAAUUGACAAGACGGAUGCUUCAUAUCUUUCUUCCCUCAAUGCUCCAGUAAAGCGUUCUAAAUCUACAACUUAAGCUGCAGCUCGUGCUUGUGAGAACACCAUGGAAUAAUCAGUAGCUCCUGGCGCCUUGGACUCCCACCCUCCAAAUUGAGGUACAGACAUCCAGCCAUCUUUUUUCUGUGAACAUAAAAAUUAUCAGAAAAUGCUUAGGAACCGAAAAUGCCGGUCACUCGCCGCUCAAACAUGAUUCACAUGACUGGUUGUAUUUCUCAUUUAUGAGAAAUUCUUAUGCUAAUUUAGGCAGCAAAGUAGUGAAUUGGAGGGAGGAACUUGAAUCCUUCUGAUCUUGUAUUGGUUAAUAUCCCCUUUGGUCAUCAAUGCAUAUUAACCAAUACAAGUUCAAGAAUCCCUCUUUUGUCAAAACCAAGGAUGAUUUGCACGUUAUAUCCUAAUAUUUUGAAAUGAAUUUAUAUCUCUA